AUCCCGUCCCCCCAACCCUCUUCUCCCUCCUCCGACGGCUGACCAGGGAAAAGCUCGCCCGCAUCCUACCUCCAGCCCGAAGGCCCGUCGGUCGGUGGGUGAGCCGUUUCCUUCGCCGGACUCUCCGCCGUCGUCUUCCUCAUGUUGGCCUGCCUGUGCUGCAAGAAGAGAGGGCUGGGAUUCAAGGAGUUGGAGAAUGCGGAGGGCGAGGCCGGGCCGUCGGGUUUGUGGGCGCAGGGCUCCCCGCCCGCCGGCCCCGGGUCCGGCCCCGAUGUCUACGUCCUGCCCCUCGACGACCUCUCGCUCCCCAUGGCCAGGCAGCCCGGGACGGCGGCCCAGCUGCUCAAGUCCACCGGGCUGGGCCGGCACAGCCUGCUCUACCUGAAGGAGAUCGGCCACGGCUGGUUCGGGAAGGUGUUCCUGGGCGAAGUGAAUUCGGGGCUCAGCAGCACCCAGGUGGUGGUCAAGGAGCUGAAGGCCAGCGCCAGCGUGGGGGCCCAGAUGCAGUUCCUGGAGGAAGCCCAGCCCUACAGGGCCCUGCAGCACGGGAAUUUGGUUCAGUGCCUGGCACAGUGCGCGGAGGUGACGCCCUACCUGCUGGUCAUGGAGUUCUGCCCGUUGGGCGACGUGAAGGGCUACCUGUGGAGCUGCCGGCUGGCCGAGGCGGCGUCGGGGCCGGACCCCCGGGCCCUGCAGCGCAUGGCCUGCGAGGUGUCCUGCGGCCUCCUGCACCUGCACAGGAACAACUACGUCCACGGCGACCUGGCUCUGCGCAACUGCCUGCUGACCGCCGACCUGACCGUCAAGGUCGGCGACUACGGCCUGGCCCACUGCAAAUAUAGGGACGACUACUUCGUCACGGCCGACCAGCUGUGGGUGCCCCUGCGCUGGAUCGCCCCCGAGCUCGUCGACGAAGUCCACGGCAACCUGCUCGUCGUGGACCAGACCAAGGCCAGCAACGUCUGGUCGCUCGGGGUGACGCUGUGGGAGCUGUUCGAGCUGGGCGGGCAGCCGUACCCGCAGUGCUCGGAUCGCCAGGUGCUGGCCCUCGCCAUCAAGGAACAGCAGCUCAAGCUGCCCAAGCCCCGGCUCGGCCUGGCGUUGUCCGACCGCUGGUAUGAGGUGAUGCAGUUCUGCUGGCUCCUCCCGGGCCAGCGCCCGACGGCGGACGAGGUCCACCUGCUGCUGUCCUACCUGUGCGCCCGGGGGGCGGGCGGGCCCCACCAGGACCAGGAGGACUUCGAGGCCCGCUGGAACGCGCUCAAGCCCGGCGCCGGCCUCCUCCGCCCCGACCCGCCCGCCGCCGCCGCCUCCUCCUCCUCCUUCCCGCUGCUGGAGCACUUCGCGUCCGACGGCGAAGACGUCCUGACGGUCACCCGCACCAGCCGCGGCCUGGACUUCGACUACAGGUGGGAGCCCGGCCGUGCCCCGGCCGCCCGCCUCCGGGACCUCUGCCGCCCGGCCGGCCCCGAGGACUCGGACGGCAGCCCGGCGGCGACGGCCUUGGAGGGCCGGCCCGACUGGCUGAUGGUGGAGCCGGCCACGUGGGGGCCGGAGGAGAGGACCCCCCCGGCCGCUCGGCGGGGACACUGGUCCUCCAACAGGUCGGGCAACAACAACGUGGGCAGCAGCCCCCCGCCGGACCCCUGGCCGGCGGGCCCCGGGGCGAGCGCGGGGCCGGACCACCCGACGGCCGGGCCCCCUGGAGCCUGGGACCCGGGCCUUCCCUCCUCCGGCCCCGGACGGGCAGAGGUGAGGGAAGACAGGGAGCCCGGGACCCCGCCUCGCCCCGCCGGGCCGGCCCAGGAGGACCUCGCCGCCCGGCCCGUGCCCGGCAGCCCGAACCCUGGGGACCGGACCUCCGCCCCCUCGCCCGGGGCCCCGGCCGACCCGUCCGGUGCCCCGGCCUCCCCGAAGUCUCCGGACGGACCCCCGGAGGCCGCCCCGGCGCCCCCCGGCCAGCCCCGAGCACCGGACAGCGGCUACGACACUGAGAACUACGAGUCGCCCGAGUUCGUGCCCAAGGAGCCCCCGGACCCGCCGCCAGAGGAGGAGGAGGCCGGGGCAGGGCAGUGCCUCUCCGCUUCCUCCUCGGGCACCGAGCUGGCCCAGCUGAGCGCCAAGAACCCCUACCGCGACUCGGCCUACUUCUCCGACCUGGACGCGGAGCCCGAGUGGCCGGACGGGGCCAGGGGCCCGAGGGCAGAGUCCGGUCAGGGCGACGGCGGCGGCGUCCCCGGUCCCGGGGUCCCACCCGGCCCGACCCCGUCUCUAGCCCUCGCCCCGAGUCCCACCUCCACCCUUGGCACGACCCCAGGCCCCCUUCCAUCCCCGACGUCCGCCCCGACGCCGGUUCCAGGCCUGACUCCGACCUCGCCCCCGGCCCAGUCCAAGUUCUUCCUGACGCCGGUCCCCGCGGGCCCGGAGGCCGGGGGCGCCCCGUCUCCGCUCCGCGGACCGCAGGAGGAAGAGGAGGAGGAGGAGGACACGGACAGCGAGUCGGACGAGGAGCUGCGCUGCUACGACGUCCGCGAGGAGCGGAGCGAGGACAGCGGGGACGGGGACGAGGCGGCGCCCGUCGUGGUGGCCGAGAGCCCCGGCGCCCGCAACCUGCGGAGCCUCCUCAAGCUCCCCGGCCUCCUGGCCCAGUCCCUGCGAGGCCAGCUGGACGGCAAGAAGAAGGCCGUGUCCUUCUUUGACGACGUCACGGUCUACCUCUUCGAUCAGGAGAGCCCCACGCGGGAGCCGGGAGAGCCGCCUCGCCCUGAGCCCGAAGAGCAGCCCCUCCGCUCCACGUGCCCGCCCGGAGGUGCCGCCGGGACCGGCCCCGAGGAGGGUGGCGGCGGGGUCUUCGAGUGGGACGACGACUUCGCCCUGUUGCCCGGCAAACCGGCCUUCGCGUCUCCGCUGCUGCCGCCCGCCCCCCUGUCCCGCUUCACCGUCUCCCCGGCCUCCCGCUUCUCCAUCACCCACGUCUCCGACUCCGCCGUCAAGUCCACGGCAGGCAGCAGUGAGGACGGCGACCGAGAGUAGCCGCCGGGCCCCGGUCCGGAUGGACGGAGCGGAGGACUCCGGGGACUGACUCGAUUUUCUGAGGCAGAUUUUACGGGUGGGAUUGGCCCCGAGUUGCCUCCCGGCGAGUGUAAAUAGACAUGUGCGCGAGCGCGUUUCUGGGGCAGCCGGGCCCACGGGUGGUUGUUUCUCGGGGUCCCCCACCGCCCCCGAUUCCGGGGCCGAGCCGACCGGCUCCCGUCGGAGGACGCCGGGCUCCCUUCCGAGCCCCCCUCGCCCAGGUUGCGGCCCCCCGCGCCGCAGGGCGGGCCCCGUUCUAGAGGCUGCGGUCCCUGAGGAAGAGGGGAGCGGGACCCCCAUCCCGCUCCGCCCGGCGAACGGGGCACCGGACCUUUUGACGUUACCCCCCGCCGGCGCCGGGGGGAGAUGAGGUGAUCUUAAGUUAUUGUUGCCAAAGAGACGUAAAGGUGAGAGGUCGCACGGG